AUAAUCGCCGGUUCUCUAGACCAAAAACCGACCUCUGCUUUUGGUGCGAAGGUCCAGCAAGCUCUACUGUUGGCACCCACUGUUUUCCCGAUCAUCUUUGCUGCUUUGAUGGGAAAGUUUUUCAGGACUUAUGGCUUGUACCGGGCCGAACGAGGUGUCACGCUAGGUACUCUAGAGCAACUCGUUGGUUGCCAAUCCCUAUUCGCCGCCAUAGAGAGGCAAGUCAUUCUGCGAAGACUUAGCCUUAUAGGAGUUGUUGCCACGCUAUUCUGGGCUUUAUCCCCUAUCGGUGGCCAGUCUGCACUUCGCUUGCUCAGUACAUCGACUCAUAGUACUACGUAUAAUACGACAGUCAAAUAUUUACCCGUAAUGGCGGAUAGAUAUAGCUUCCUGAGAGGUUAUUCUAGCCUAACUCGUGGACGACCUUUCGUGGAUGCUAUAUUUACCACCUCGCUCCAGACCGCGCGGACGUCAGUGGGGGGAGUGGAUUCUCCUAUGGACAUCUGGGGAAACGUCAAAAUACCGAACUAUUAUUCCCUUACCAUCCUAGAUAAUGCGACUUCCGGAUCGUGGAUUAGUGUCAACCACUCCAAAGCUAUGCCUUCGUCUUUGAUUGGUAUUCCUGUCGCCGGCAUCCCUAGUAGUGGAAGCUCGAACUUCACGAUAGUUUCACGUCAAUGGUCUGUGAACUGCUCCAGCAACGACUACAUCCAAACCUGCCGUACAGGGAUUUGCUGGUCUCCUGAAAUUCCGGAAAAAACCAGCUCAUUUACCUUUGAGCUAGGGCAUUUCUACCCCGACGAUCCUACCCGCGGCCGAGACACAGAAACCACCAAAUCUGAAGCAAAUCUCAUUUUUACGUCUAUGGCCGGCGUGGGUGAAAAUAACAGUGUACCCGCUUCAGUAGCCAAUUGCAAAAUAAGAGCUGGGGAUUUUGAGUCUGCCAUCCACUGCAAUGGAAAAUCUUGUAGUGUGGAGGCAAUGCGACCGUGGACCGAUAACUUUGAAGGCAACCGAGCGAUAAGUGCUUACGAAGCAGGCUUGCUCUUCCGGGGCAUCGAGGGAGUCUUUGUAUUUGACGCGGGAGAUGCCGGUAGUUCGCAAACCGAGAGAUGGCUGUUGGAUCCGAACACGGAUUUUUCGCCGCACAGAGGGCAAUAUGUGAACAUGACGAAUGUUCCGUUGCAACCCCUUAGUUACCGCCUAGGAAUUGUAGUAAACACCUUCUCGCGGGCAACCUACGGCACGGAGUUCUUCAUGGAAGGUCUUAACAAAGACAUCGGGUAUUACGACGACGCCAUUACAGAUAAUGGUGAACACAUCUCCUUCAAUUCCUCUCAAGCUCAGGUGGAAAAUAUCACCGGCAACGUUUACGUAUGCCACUGGACCUGGACUAUCCUUCUGUUGACCACCUCCUCCAUUCUUCUCCUCGCAGGAACAAUCUCUAUAUUCCUAAAGACAAUUACCCUCGCUCCAGAUAUCCUAGGCUACGCCUCGUCCAUGAUGCGAGACAACCCGCACGCUAAUGUGUUCGUUGGUGGAUCCUACCUGGACGGCUUGGAAAAGACUCGGUUACUCCAGAACGUUAAAGUCAUGAUCGCAGACGUGGAAGUAGACUCCGAGGUCGGUCACGUUGCACUGGCUACACAAGAGGGUAGAGAUCCACAGCGGCUGCAGAAAGGGAGGAUGUACGACUAG